AUGGCUCCUGAAGCAAGUGUUAUUCCAGCCGCCGUGUUUUCCACCCAAUACCCACACGCCAGGCUAUCCCGCCGGGCAGGGCAAGAGCCGGGAAGCGCCUCCGAACGGGCCACGCACCGCAGUGUAGGGCGCGGACGAAGAAGCGCGCCCCGCGGUCACCGGCGGGCUCAGCGCCGCGAAGCCACCGGCUCCAGCCCCUCCCGCCGGCAGACCCGACCCGACCCCCCCCCCGCCCCAGCCAGGCCCCGAAAACUGGCACUGCUCCCACCGCAGGGAACGUACCCGUCCCAGCAGGCAGGAACACGCACGGCGCCGUUCCCGCAAAGAGCUGCCGAGGCCUUGCGACCCCACGCGCACCCGCCGCUCCGCGACCGGGAUGGGGCCGGCAACGGAGAAGUCCCUGCGGACGGGGCGGGCCCCGCCCCGCCUCAGUCCCGACCCCGUCCCCGCCCCGCGGGAGCCUCGCCUCGCCUCGCCUCGCCCCGGCCCUGUCCCCGCUGCAGCCCGGCCGGCCCGCGCUGCCGAGGGCGACGCCCGGCCCGCGGGGCUUCACCUUUGCGGCAGCCGCCGCGGAGGCUGCCGCUCGCCGUGCCGCGCCGUGGCGGCGGCUCCGCGCUACGCCCCCGCCGUCUUCAUGCGAGCGCCGGCAACGGCGGCAGCAGGAACCUGCCCGCACCGCAGCGCGUCACGGCCCCGCCCCGCCCCGCCCCGGCCUCGCGCAGGCGCCCCGCGCCGCCACCGCCGCCGGCGGGGGGAGCCCGGUGCCCGGCCUGUGCGGCGCCGGCGCCCGGCCCCGGUAGCCCCGGAGGUAGAGGAGCGGAGCCGGCGGCUGCUCGCGGCGGCGCCGGAGGAGCCUGCGAGGGGAAGACGGGAAGGUCCUUCACCUGGCCACGGGCUGCCUUCUCCCGGCCCGCCUCGGUGCGGUGCUGCUGCGGGCCUUCCCAGCGGCCGCUGAGGCGCCUCGCCGGUGGCCUGGGCCGCGUGGCGAGGGAGGGGCGCGGGCCGCCUCAGGCAGCGGCUGCACGAACCGGGAGGCGCGUGGGAAUCAUACGGUUGCAAGAUCAGCGUGACAAGUCGCGUGAAUCCGCCUCGCCGGUAGCGUCACCCUUCAGACCGGCCGCUGGCAUCCCAGCUUUCCUUAUUUUCCCGGUGCACUUCCCCCCGGCCCAGCGGAACUUCCACACCCGGCCUUUCACGGCAGGUGAAGCCGUAGAUCGCGACUGCCCAGGGCACCGAGGAAGCGCUGAAGCAAUUACCGCUUGUCACUCCUUUAACUCAAGACAGCGUUACAGUGUUAGAAAGGUGAGUUCUGCUUAUCACGCAUGCAACAGUCCACAGAUGAUCUGCACAAGAACAUACAUAUCUAUACCUUCCGGACACAGAACAAACCUGCAAGCUUCUGCAAGUCAGCAGAAGCCGCGCAGGUUAGUAGUAGGGGACUACAUUCGUGUAGCUGUGUCAGAUGGGAGAUACCUGGUUAAAUGCAUGGUGUCUAGCUAACUAGCAUCAGCCAAUUUCUACCCAUUAAAUCAGGAAAGUCAACAAGUUUUGGUGAAGUUGAUUCAAGUUUAAAGUGCUAUAACAUUCUUUAGUCCAUUACCAUAUAAUUUAUGCAUAAAUGCUUGAUUACAUUUUCUUAAGUCCCCUUCCCACCGUAUUAACAUGAAUGGAUAGGAGUAAUUAAAGCAUAUAAUCAUU